ACGAUCUUUCUCCUCUCGGUUAUCGGUGAGGAGAGUUAAACAUCCUGGGGUCCGCCUUCUCUCCUGUAGCGCUGCUGAGCUGUACACCAUUGAUUACUGAACAGGUCAUAUGCAGUAGGUGGUCUGAGAUAGAACCUUAAUCGAGUUAGCUACGGUCGGCUCUGACAGACGUUAACGAUAUGCCGCUCCAGGUGGUGAUGGAGGGUCCAGGACCCUGGGGAUUCAGGCUUGUUGGGGGAAAGGACUUCGAACAGCCCCUGGCUAUUUCCCGGGUCACCCCUGGGAGUAAAGCUGCCCAGGCUGAUCUGUGUAUGGGAGACAUAAUCUUGGCUAUAGAUGGAGAACCGACAGAGAACAUGACUCACUUGGAAGCGCAGAACAAGAUCAAAGGGUGCAUAGAGCAGAUGGCGCUCUCCAUAGACAGGUCAGAAAGUAAACUGUGGUGUCCACUUUCAUCUGAGGAGGGGAGGACACAUCCAUACAAGAUGAAUCUUGCAUCAGAGCCACGGGAGGUGAAACACAUAGGCUCGACUCACAACAGGAGCGCUCUGCCUUUCGCCGGCUCCAAGGUUGUGACCAACCAGUACAACAACCCCUCUGGUCUGUACUCGUCAGAGAACAUCAAGAGCUUCAACUCGGCUGUGGAUGAUGUUAAAACUAUGGCUACAGCUAAUGAGCCCAGCAGCAAAGCGCCAUCAGAUUCGUCAAAGACAAGCAAGCAGCCACCUGUAGCAGCAGACUCAGAGGUCUACAAAAUGCUGCAUGAGAACCAGGAGUCUGAUGAGCCUCCUCGACAGUCGGCUUCAUUCAAGGUGCUGCAGGAGAUUCUAGAGACAGGUGACUCUGACACACCAUCAGGGUUCAGGAGUGUGAAAGCCCCGGCAACAAAGAUCGGAUCAUCAUUGGGGAACACAGAGAAGUUGCCCAUCUGUGACAAAUGUGGAUCUGGGAUUGUGGGGAUGGUGGUGAAGCUGAGGGACAAGUUCCGUCAUCCCGAGUGCUACACCUGCACAGACUGCAACGUCAACCUAAAACAGAAGGGACAUUUCUUUGUGGAGGACCAGAUUUACUGUGAGAAGCAUGCACGAGAGCGAAUGACUCCACCUGAGGGCUAUGAUGUAGUCACCGUCUUCCCCAAGUAAAGCGCUCACCGAGCUUGCUCUGCGACUGCAUGCCACUACAGGACACAGUGUAAUCCAAGACACAACAACAUUAAGCUUGUGCUGCUCCAGAGACUUCCUCUCACAUACUGCUUCAGUAGUCACUGGUAGGCAGGACAGUAAAGAAUGAUGUUUGAAAGUGUUGAUUUGCACAUUAAUCCUGGCAUCUACUCAUUUGUUUUUUUAUAUUUUAAAGACAGCCACUGUGUUUUUGUUACUUAAUGUGUUUGUUUGAGUCAUUGGAAUCACAGGAGACUCUACAUGUUUUGUAUAGUUUUAUUCAAUAAAGAGACCAACUUUUGCAGCAAAUUGACCCAAAAAAGCACAUUUCACUAUCACUGCCAAAUAAAUAUUUUAGCUUAAACCAGU